AUACAAAUAAGUAAUAUAGUUCAAGACUUUCCACUAUAGAAAUGUAUUACAAAAUUAUAAUAAUACUGAUUUUCAUAUAUGGAAAUGUAAUAUUUGCUCAAUCUAAUUCAAAUACUGUACAAUAUUUACAGGAGAUAUUAAUUGACAGCUUUAUAAAUAUUGCUAAUUAUGAUUUUCCAACUGAUGCCAAACAUUUUAAAGCAACAAAAGAACCCAUAGAAGAAUACGGUACUUACGACUUCAUUAUCAUUGGAGCUGGAAUUUCAGGAUCUGUGAUAGCAAAUCGUCUCUCAGAAAUACAACAGUGGAGAAUUUUAUUAAUAGAAGCUGGAAUUUUUUCUGACGAUGAUUUAAUGAAAAUACCUAGUGUGUUUCCACUCAAAAUAUUCUCAGAUUACAAUUGGGGAUUUAGAACUGUCCCACAGAAAAAUGCAUGCCUGAGUGUAACUAAUCACGCAUGUUUAGUUCCACGUGGCAAGGGCGUUGGAGGCACCACUUUAAUUAAUUCCUUACAGUACUCAAGAGCAAAUCCAGAAAAUUACAAUCAAUGGGCAAGAAUACUUCAUGACUCUAGUUGGUCGUACAAAAAUAUACUCAAAUAUUUCAAAAAAUCCGAGAACUUUCAUUGGACCAAUACAAAAGCGCCUGUAGAUUUGAAAUACCAUGGAAAAGAAGGUUUAUUACAUGUUCAACACAAAGUGCCUGAUCAUCCGUUGAAUGAUCUAUUUAUAGAAGCAAAUAAACAAUUGGGAUAUGAUAUAACAGAUUAUAAUAGUGAAACGCAAAUAGGUGGUUCCAUAAUACAACUUUUUACUAAUAAUGGUACUAGAGAAGAUAUGGGUACUAUUUUUAUAACCCCAUUUUUAGAUAGACCUAACUUGAAAGUAUUAACACAAAGUUAUGUAACUAAAAUUGAAAUUGAUAAGGAAACUAAAACAGCCAAGAGCGUACUUUUCACAAAUAACGGUAAAACUUAUAGAGCAAGAGCAAACAUUGAGGUUAUAUUAUCUGCUGGGGCCAUUUCCAGUCCUCAAAUUUUAAUGCUGUCUGGUGUAGGACCAAAAAAACAUUUACAAGACUUAGAAAUAGAUCUAAUAGAGGACCUUGAAGUUGGUAGUUCUUUAAAAGAACACACUUUAUUAUCCCAUUUAUGGUUUAUGUCCAACUUAAGCAUACCAACAGAAACAAUUAAUCAACAACUUUCAGAUUUCCUAAAGGGCUACGGAUCACUAACAUCGGCUAAUACCCAGGCUCAGGGUUUAGGGUUUUAUAACGUAAAUAAUAAAACUAGUACUGUUCCCAAUGUAGCAAUUUUUCUUGAUUAUUCAGAAAUUUCAGUAAUCGAACAACAAUUUUUUGGUUUAGACGAAGAAACUUUUGAGUCACUUAAAAAGAUAGGUUCUCACCCAAUUAGGUUCUUAUUAAUACAUUUAAAUCCAAAAUCUGAAGGUACUAUUAGAUUGAAGAAUAAAAGCCCAUUUGAGUAUCCUCUAAUAGAUCCUAUGUUGUUAUCGGACAGUUCUGGAAAAGAUUUAAAAGCCAUGUAUAAUGGUAUUCAACAAAUAUUUAAACUAAGUCAGACUCCAGCAUUUAAAAAAAUUAAUCUCAAAUUUGAUAAUGUACCCCUCCCUACCUGUAAAAACAUUCAAUUCAAUUCUCAAGAAUAUUGGUACUGUUAUUUGAAACAGCUGACAAUGACUGGAUACCACCCUAUGGGUACUUGUCCCAUGGGUAUCAAUACAUCUACAGGGGCUGUAGUAGAUUCCAAUCUUAAAGUUUUUGGAAUCAAAAAAUUGAGGGUAGCAGACGCAAGCGUCUUUCCUACCCCUAUUGCAGGAUAUCCAUCAAUGACUUGUCUGAUGAUUGGAGAGAAAAUUAGCGAUAUAAUUAAAGAAGAAUAUUUGUAAAAAUGUAACAAUAAGAGAAAGUAAAAUGUUCAUUUCCCGUUACCAACUCUAAAUGCCAA